GAGCGAGCGAGGAGCGCGCAGGUCCCUGCGCCUCGAGUUGAAGGUGGGCGCACGAACAACGUCGUCGACGGGGGCCCGUUUCGCAGCAACGUUCGCCGCGCGACGUGUCGAGGCGAGAGAAGGCCAGGGUCCCCGAAGUUUGCCGUUCGCCUGUUCGUUCGUUCGCUCGCUCGCUCGCUCGCUCGCUCGCUCGCUCACUCCGUGCGCGCGAGAGAGAAAGAUCACGACGAUCGAUCGUCGGACCGCCGCGUCGGGGAAGUCGGGCGUCGCGACGCACGGCGUGCACACGCUCUCGCGCCCGUCGUUUCCGUGGAACGUGUCGGCGGAGCCAGAAGCCAGAGCCAGUAUGGCCGUAGGACCUCAGCUGUUUUCACGUCACUGCCUACGCAUCUGAGAGAGACGAACGAGAGAGGAAAUUGUUGCCAGCACCGUCGUCGACUUGAUCCAACGUUGAGUUGAAAAAAGGAGACUAAAAGCACAGGGAAAAUGUCGUCGGUUAAAGUGGCAGUGAGGGUACGACCCUUUAACUAUCGCGAGAUCAGUCGUCAGGCACAAUGUAUCAUAGAAAUGUCGGGGAGUACCACUUCCAUAGUGAAUCCGAAAGCUACACCAGGAAGCAAAGAUGCUGUUAAAAGCUUCAAUUAUGACUAUUCCUACUUUUCUAUGGACCCAAACGAUGAGAACUACUCGUCUCAGCUCAUGGUUUACAAAGAUAUUGGUGAAGAAAUGUUGGAACAUGCUUUUGAAGGCUAUAAUGUUUGCAUUUUCGCAUACGGUCAAACCGGCGCCGGUAAAUCUUACACCAUGAUGGGUAAGCAGGAAGAAGGGCAGGAGGGGAUAAUACCACAGAUUUGUAAGGAUCUGUUUAGGAAAAUCAGCUAUACGUCUAAUGAACGAUUGAAGUAUUCGGUAGAAGUGAGUUAUAUGGAAAUCUAUUGCGAGAGAGUGCGCGAUUUGUUGAAUCCGAAAAAUAGGGGAAAUCUUCGAGUAAGGGAGCAUCCUCUCUACGGACCUUACGUGGAAGAUCUUUCCAAACUGGCCGUAUUGUCGUACGAAGAUAUUCAUGACCUCAUAGAUGAAGGUAACAAGGCCAGGACUGUCGCGGCAACCAAUAUGAACGAAACCUCUAGCAGAUCACAUGCGGUUUUCACAAUAUUCUUUACACAACAGCAACAGGACAAUGCCACUGGUUUGAUGACGGAAAAAGUUAGCAAAAUCUCGCUGGUCGAUUUGGCUGGAUCUGAGAGAGCCGAUUCGACAGGUGCGAAAGGGACACGGUUAAAGGAAGGAGCCAACAUUAACAAGAGUUUGACAACUCUUGGAAAAGUUAUUAGUGCCCUAGCCGAAAUUGCGACGAAGAAGAAGAAGAAAGCCGAUUUUAUACCAUAUAGAGACUCCGUGUUAACAUGGCUGUUGCGAGAAAAUUUGGGCGGAAAUUCGAAAACCGCUAUGAUUGCGGCAGUUAGUCCUGCUGAUAUCAAUUAUGACGAGACGCUUUCAACUUUACGAUACGCGGAUAGAGCGAAACAAAUUGUUUGCAAAGCUGUGGUCAACGAGGACGCGAAUGCCAGACUCAUCAGAGAACUCAAAGAAGAGAUACAGAAGCUACGGGAGCUUCUUAAGCAAGAGGGCAUCGAUGUACAAGAAGGGCCAGAUGGCAAAGUUACAUACGAAAAGAAAGAACCUAGGGACGAAAUUAUCAGAACGAACAAGCGAAACGAAGAGGACACGAAGGAGACUCGACCGAGGAUUUCUUCUCAUACCACAUCUACUAUUGCCGAGGAGGCGGUUGAACAAUUACAGGCAUCUGAGAAAUUAAUCGCAGAAUUAAACGAAACAUGGGAAGAGAAGUUGAAGCGAACCGAGUCGAUUCGACUGCAACGCGAGGCAGUAUUUGCAGAAAUGGGUGUUGCUGUGAAGGAGGAUGGUGUUACAGUGGGUGUCUUCUCUCCCAAGAAGACACCGCACUUGGUGAAUCUGAACGAGGAUCCUCUCAUGUCGGAGUGUCUGAUUUAUUAUAUCAAGGAUGGAUUCACACGCAUCGGUAGCGCCGAAGCACAUGUGCCCCAGGACAUCCAGUUAUGUGGUCCGCACAUAUUGAAAGAACACUGCGUUUUCGAGAACCACGAAGGAAUUAUAACUCUCAUACCGAAGAAAGGAGCCUUGAUUUAUGUCAAUGGUCGCGAAGUAACCGAACCACUUAUCCUGACAACCGGUUCGCGUGUCAUUCUGGGAAAGAGUCACGUUUUCCGAUUUAAUCAUCCAGAUCAAGUACGCGAACGAAUAGCAAACGGAUCUCCGACAGAAACCCCUGGCAAUAAUGAACCGUUAGCGGAUUGGGACUUCGCACAGGUAGAGUUAUUAGAGAAACAAGGUAUCGAUCUGAAGGCUGAAAUGGAAAAGAGAUUACUCGUACUGGAGGAACAAUUUCGCAAAGAAAAGGAGGAAGCUGAUCAGCUAUUUGAAGAGCAGCGAAAGAGCUACGAAGCGCGGAUAGACGCACUGCAGAGACAGGUGGAGGAACAAAGUAUGACAAUGUCUAUGUACAGUAGCUACACACCGGAAGACUUCAAUAACAUUGAGGAAGAUAUUUUCGUCAACCCAUUGUUUGACGCAGAGAGCAACUGGACCGAGAGAGAGUUUCAACUGGCCGCUUGGGCCUUCCGCAAGUGGAAGUAUCAUCAAUUCACGAGUUUACGGGACGAUCUUUGGGGCAACGCGAUAUUCCUUAAAGAGGCUAAUGCUAUAUCCGUUGAACUAAAAAAGAAGGUUCAAUUCCAAUUUACCUUGCUCACGGACACCCUUUACUCGCCCUUACCUCCCGAUCUUUUACCCGUUAUGGAUGAAGAAGAGGAAGACGAAAGACCAUUUCCACGUACGAUCGUUGCCGUCGAAGUGCAAGAUACGAAAAAUGGUGCUACGCAUUACUGGACAUUGGACAAGCUAAGGCAAAGGCUGGAGUUGAUGCGCGAGAUGUAUCAUAAUGAAGCUGAGCUCUCACCCACGUCUCCAGAUUUCAAUAUCGAAUCCAUCACAGGAGGUGAUCCGUUUUAUGAUCGUUUUCCGUGGUUCCGUAUGGUCGGCAGAGCUUUCGUAUAUCUGAGCAAUCUCAUGUAUCCGGUGCCGCUGAUCCACAAAGUAGCUAUCGUCAACGAAAAGGGCGAUGUUAAGGGUUACCUGCGAGUCGCAGUACAGGCCGUAGUUGAAGAGGAAAACAGCGAAUACUCAAGCGGCGUCAGACAAUCAGCACGAAUCUCCUUCGAGGACGACUUGUUUGGUGGACAUAAACAUAACAAGCGCAGCUCGCUCCUGGCUCAGACUUUAGAGAAGAACCGACAGAUCAUGUUGCAUGAAGAGCGUGUAGUCGAAGGGCACAAUGAAAUCAACCAGAAGGACAUGAAAGACGAAGACGAUAUAGGAGAUGCUGAUAGCGGCAGAGGUGAUAGUUCGGUUUCGAGUGACAUGAAGGAAGAGGAAUUGCCGGAUCACUUGCAACCCGGUGCAGAAUUCACUUUCAGGGUAACGGUCCUACAAGCUAUGGGUAUUUCCACGGAGUACGCUGACAUUUUCUGUCAGUUCAACUUCCUACAUCGACACGACGAAGCUUUCUCAACAGAACCAGUAAAGAAUACGGGCAAAGGUAAUCCACCCGGAUUUUAUCACGUACAGAACAUUACAGUCACGGUUACCAAAUCCUUCCUGGAAUAUCUGAAAACUCAACCUAUCGUUUUCGAAGUAUUCGGUCAUUAUCAGCAGCAUCCAUUACACAAGGAUGCGAAACUAGAAUACAGCGUACGACAGCCACCGAAGAGAAUGCUUCCGCCAUCCAUACCGAUCAGUCAACCAGUUCGUUCGCCGAAAUUUGGGAGUGUCUUGCCAUCUCCUAGCACAUCGCAUGUGCACGCCAAGUACGAUGUAUUAGUAUGGUUCGAGAUCUGCGAAUUGGCACCAAAUGGCGAAUAUGUGCCGUCGGUAGUGGACCAUAGCGACGAUUUACCCUGUCGCGGAUUGUUCCUGCUUCAUCAAGGCAUACAGGCGACGAUACGAAUCACCAUUGUGCACGAACCGGCGUCCGAAUUAAGGUGGAAAGACGUGCGCGAGCUUGUAGUCGGCCGCAUUCGAAACACUCCGGAACCCGAGGAGGAGGAUAACGACUCGUCCGUGCUUUCACUGGGUCUAUUUCCCGGCGAGUAUCUCGAAGUUCCCGGUGACGACCGUACUAUGUUCAGAUUCGAAGCAGCCUGGGACAGCUCCCUGCACAACUCAACUUUGCUCAAUCGAGUCACGUCUUACGGAGAGCAAAUCUUUAUGACUAUCUCCGCAUAUCUCGAGCUGGAGAAUUGUGGAAGACCUGCGAUUAUUACGAAAGAUCUGAGCAUGAUCAUCUACGGAAGGGACGCGAGAGUUGGACCACGCUCGCUCAAGCAUCUAUUUAGCGGCAGCUAUCGCAACCAGGAAGCGAAUCGACUCAGCGGCGUCUACGAACUGGUGCUACGUCGUUCUUCGGAAGCAGGUAGCCCAGGAGUUCAAAGACGUCAACGUCGCGUCUUGGAUACAAGCUCUACAUACGUGAGAGGUGAAGAAAACCUGCAUGGAUGGAGGCCACGUGGAGAUAGUCUUAUAUUCGACCAUCAGUGGGAGCUCGAGAAAUUGACGAGGCUUGAGGAAGUGGAGAGAGUGCGGCACACAUUGCUGUUGCGAGAGAAGCUCGGCAUUGACAAAGUACCAUUCUGCAAUAAACCACUGCACGAUUUCACAAAGAGCGAAAAGGAUGUAUGUAAUAUGGUGGCGAAGGCUACGAACGAGCCACAUGCCAGCCCGGUGAAAUUGAAACGUUCGACUAGUAAAGACGUUUAUGAACCCUGGGAGAUGACCGAAAGGGAACGUGAAUUAGCGACCAAGUAUAUUAAGCUUAUUCAAGGAAGAAUCCCAAGCAAGGAACCGAUAUUGCUUUCUGACGUUUCACCUGGGGAAGACACCAUAGGCGAUCUUUCAGCGUCUAUGAUGUCUUCGGUCAUAUCGUCUUCAUCUCAAGAGUCAGUAUAUGCGAGAACUAACAAUUUUUUAGAGCAGGCUGCUGGUAUAGUAGUAUGGAGCAGGUCUAAGUCGUGCCUCCUUAGGUUGAGCUCGCCGGAAAGGGCUAGAUUGCAAGAACUCCAGGAAAGUAUAUUAGCAAGUGAAUCGGCUAAUCAAACCUGCACUGUUGCGCCGCCGCCACUCGGAUCGUCAUCACCGUCGAAAGAAAAUCUGGUGCUGUACGUACCGGAGGUCGAGGAGAUACGCAUCAGUCCUGUCAUUGCACGGAAGGGCUAUCUGAAUGUUCUCGAACACAAGACCAACGGCUGGAAGAAACGCUGGGUGGCUGUUCGCCGACCAUAUGUUCUCAUUUUCCGAGAGGAAAAGGAUCCUGUUGAAAGGGCAUUAAUUAAUUUAGCUACGGCUCAAGUUGAAUACUCCGAGGAUCAAUUGGCUAUGGUGAAAGUUCCAAAUACUUUCAGCGUCGUCACUAAACACAGAGGAUACUUACUGCAAACCUUAGGCGAUAAGGAGGUUUACGACUGGCUGUAUGCGAUCAAUCCCCUCUUAGCUGGUCAAAUUAGGUCAAAGCUCGCCCGCAAAAGUCCGGCUGCACCGAAUUUGAGCAAUGGUGCGCCGAUCGGUUUGACACCGCAACUGGAGCAACAGAGCAAUCAGACCAAGUGAGUGGUCGAUACUAUGGCCGGGAUAACGAGUGCAAUAGCGAAGGCGUCGGAAAAAAUGCUGUGUUGGUCGCACUCGGCCUUAGAGUCCCAAGAGUUCUGUAACUUUCGGUUUCCGCUGGUUUUUGAUUGACCGGGCGGUAACAAAACUGUCCCUUGAGACUAUCUAUAAUCGGCGGCAUGUAAUCGACGUUUUACUUUACACAGCGUCCCCUUAGCACGUUACAAGACAAUUAGAGCGGGGAAAAAAGAAGGAAAAAACGAUAGUGUUCGUCUUUCGAAGAAGUUAAAUGCGCAUACAAAUGUAUUCGAUUAUACUGGGAAAAAUUUUCGUUUUCGAGUCUCUCCGUACAUUUCGAACUCGCAUUCGAAAUGCUAUUCACGUCGAUGAGACAAAGUUAUGCCCGCGUGCACGCGGAUAUUUUUAUGGAAUUCUUAUUUCUGUAAUAUGUAUAUCGACAUCACAUGACUAUGUAUCCUUCACAUAUGCGAUAAGUGAGGAAGAAAAAAAAUACAUUAUGCCUAAUAAACAUAUUCCUAAGACGAUCACUGAAAAUCGAGAUAAGGAAUACACGUUAUAGAUAUAUCUGUAGAAGAGAACGUAUGCAAGAAAAAGUGAGAAAGAGAAAGAGAGAGAGAGAGAGAGAGCGAAAGAAAAUAGAAAAACAUGAAAGAGACAGAAAAAUAAACGAGACAAGAAGAUAUUAAUAAUUUCAUAUGCAACAUUUUAACGCUCGCUUAAUACGCGAAAGAUUAUUAUGAC